AUGUUCCGUGCAAUUGCCUCGAAGAGGCUCUUCUCUUACUCAGCUGCAAAACUAGACACGCUUGCGUUCAUCGAGGUUGCAAACGGCAAAGUUUCCCCCGCCUCGUUAUCAGCUAUCUCUGCUGCCAAAGAGAUUGGAAAGCCUGUCACUGGCAUUGUUUUGGGCCCUGAAGGCGACAAGGGCAAGGACUCUGCUGCCAAAGUGGACGGUUUGUCAAAGUUGCUUGUGGCGAAAGACGCCAAAUACGACCACUACCUUGCCGAAGAAGUGGCUCCUUUGCUUAAAGAGGUGGUGACCAAAAACGGCUUCACUCAUUUCAUCACCCCAGCUUCUGCCGUAGGCAAGUCUUUCUUGCCUCGCUUGGCAGCUUUGCUUGACGUUCAGCCUGUUUCUGACAUCAUCAAGGUUGUAGGUGAAGAUACCUUUGUUAGACCCAUCUACGCUGGAAACGCCUUGGCCACUGUCAAGUCCAAGGACAGCGUGAUUCUUGCGUCUGUAAGAGCGUCUGCAUUUCCCCCAGCUGAGCUCUCAAAUGAUGCAUCGAUUGAAGAGAUUUCUGAAAGCGUAGAAUCUGGAAACAGAACAGAGUUCGUGGGUGAAGAACUUGUGCAGUCGGAGAGACCAGAGUUGGGGUCUGCGUCGAGAGUUGUUUCCGGCGGGCGUGGAUUGAAGAACAAAGAGACAUUUGAGAGCUUGAUGAACCCACUCGCAGAGAAACUCAACGCUGCAAUUGGUGCCUCCAGAGCUGCCGUGGAUGCUGGCUUCUGCGACAACUCGUUGCAGGUAGGCCAGACGGGUAAGAUUGUUGCGCCAGAGUUGUAUGUGGCCGUUGGUGUUUCCGGUGCCAUCCAACACCUUGCAGGAAUGAAGGACUCCAAGACGGUAGUUGCCAUCAACAAGGACCCAGAGGCGCCUAUCUUCAAUGUGGCCGAUAUCGGCUUAGUUGGUGACCUCAACGAGGCCGUUCCCGAGUUGGUUUCCAAGUUGUAG